ACCAAACCAAGAAACAAGUAGCAAAGAAACGGGAAAAAUGUGCUCUUCUUCUAUAUAUGUAAUAAGUUUUCGGCUCGGAAAUCAUUAAUUGUAAGCUAUGUUUGUGCGCGCCAAGAAUGGAAUAGAUAGUAUGACUAUAUCGGACUUCGAUCUCGAGGGCAACGAGGGUGUCGACAUGAAGUCCAAAAACAAAAAAUUGGCGGGUUCCUUAGCCUGCGAAGGAUUUAUCGCCACUUAUCAUGAGUAUUGCGAAAAUACCUCCAUCCACGGAGUCCAAUAUCUGGGCGAGCGGGAGCGACCCAUGCGGGAGCGCAUCUUCUGGCUGUUCGUAUUCCUGAUCUCAAUAUACGGGUGUUCAACGUUAAUCCUCAGUGCCUACACCAAGUGGACCGAAACGCCCGUGAUCGUAAGCUUCGCGGAGAAAUCGACCCCCGUGUGGAACAUCCCAUUUCCAGCGGUUACUGUUUGUUCGGAGACCAAACGGGUGUUAAAGCAGAAAGGUAAGAAAACCUCCUAUGCGGAUCUUUACAGCCAGUUCACCGAGGAAAUGCGAGCUUCGCGAGUGUUUAAGCCCCAAAAUGUAAGUGCCCUCGAAAUGGAGGAGUUCCGAACCCUGCUGCACGUCUGCAACACGCAGAUCAUUGAGGAGGACAUGCCCUUAAUAGGGGGCGAUGAACUCGACUACUUUGAUGUCUUGGAAAGGAUGCUGCCCCAGUUUGACCGGUAUUUCUUCUACUGCCGCUGGCUGAGUCGCUUUGGCGAGUGCGAAAAAUUCUUUCGGAAAACUCUUACGGAGGAGGGCAUCUGCUUUACCUUCAAUGGACUACGGGCCACCGAGAUAUAUCGGGAGGACACUUAUCAGUACCAGCAUUGCGGGGAAGCCUUAGAAAUGGAAAACAUAAGCUCGAGCCAUGCUCCCUGGACGCUGGAAACGGGCUAUGCGCACCUUAGCGAUGUGGAAACAUUUCCGGCGAGGGUUCUGAGUGCCGGAGCGCGAUCCGGCAUUUUCCUGGCGCUCCAAAGUUUUAAGCAGGAAGUAGACUACGCCUGCCGCGGACCUGUUCAGGGUUUCAAGGUGCUGCUCCAUUCCCCCGAUGAUGUUCCGCAAGUGUCCAAGCAGUUCGUGCGGAUUCCAAUGGGCAAGGAGGUGCUGAUAGCGGUGAAGCCUAGCAUGAUUACUAUGUCCUCAGGUAUCGCCGAGUACCAUCCGAUUCGGCGGCAGUGCUUCCUUAGCCACGAAAGAUCGCUGCGCUUCUUCAAGGUUUACACGGAAUCCAACUGCCAGCUGGAGUGCCUGGCCAAUUUCACGCUGACCAAGUGUGGGUGUGUGAAGUUCUCGAUGCCAAGGAACAUGGAUAUGCCUGUGUGCGGCGAAGAUAAGAUCCACUGCUACGACAGGGCGGAAAGGCAACUGCUGGUCAGAGAGUUUAAGCGGGUUAGAGCUCUGAAUGCCGCUCGAGAGGAUUGGCGAGGCGUGGAGUCCGCCUGUAACUGCAUGCCCGCUUGCACGUCGCUCGUCUACAACACGGAGAUCUCACAGGCCAAUUUCGAUCUGGAGGAAAUGCUCCAGGCCGAGGGAGACACGGAAUUCCUGCAGGAGUAUCCCGGCUCCCAGAUGUCCCGCCUGUCCAUAUAUUUUAAGCAAAGCCAGUUCAUCACUUCUAAGCGCUCGGAGCUGUACGGCAUGACUGAAUUCCUUGCAAAUUGUGGUGGUAUCUUCGGCCUGUUUAUGGGGUUCUCAUUUUUAAGCAUGGUGGAGAUGAUUUACCACUUCACCCUGCGGCUUUUCACCAAUCUGAAGCGCAUGGUCAAAGAACAGUAGAAGGUUCAGCUUCAUAACUUAUACCAGGUAUUUUUAUUAGCCAAAUGCUUUGUUUUAUUUACAAAAAUAUGUUAUCUCUAGCGGCUUAAAUAUUUAAAUCUUUAUAUUCGCUCUAAUCUGUGAAAUCAAAUAUAUCCAAAAUAUAAUUUAUUUCAGUUUUGUAAA